CUGCAGAGCUGCGGGGCCGGGCAGCGGAGUAACGAGCGUAUAGUGGCGGGGCCGGGGCGCGGCGGCACCGGCGGCACCACAGCCCAGCCCCGGCAGCGGCCGCAGCACCGCCUGCCCGCCCGCCCGCCGCCGCAUGCCCGGGCGGGCGCCGCCGUCGCCGUCCAUGCGGGGCGGCGGGGCCGAGGCGGCGGCAUGAGCCAGAGCGAGGUGUCGCCGUGCGCGGCGCCGCCGCCGCCCCCCAGCCAGCGGGUGUUCCAGGAGGCGGUGCGGCGCGGCAACACCAAGGAGCUGCAGUCGCUGCUGCAGAACAUGACGAACUGCGAGUUCAACGUCAACUCCUUCGGGCCCGAGGGGCAGACGGCGCUGCACCAGUCCGUCAUCGACGGUAACCUCGAGCUCGUCAAGCUCCUGGUCAAGUUCGGCGCCGACAUCCGCCUGGCCAACCGCGACGGCUGGAGCGCCCUGCACAUCGCCGCUUUCGGGGGCCACCAGGACAUCGUCCUCUACCUGAUCACCAAGGCCAAAUACUCCGCCGGCGCACGGUGAUGCCGGGGCUGCCCCCGAUGCGCUCGCCCGCUGAUGCUGGGACCGCUCGCCCGGUGAUGCCGGGUCUCCCCCACCCUGCGCUCCCCCGGCCAUGCCGGGGACCCUCCCCGCUCCCCCGGCCGCCAGAGCUGCUCCCGCCCCCGCCCGGGGCGGGUUUGGCGAAGAUUUGGGGCCCCACGCAGAACAAGCCACAUUAAGUUUUUUGGUUGUUUGCUGGUUUUUUUUUUUUUUUUUUUUUUUUUUUUUACUCUUCCAAGGGUUGUUUCCUACUGUAACGUGUUUUUUUUUUUUUUUCUCCAUCUACCUCGGCUGCACUCACAGUAUUCACGGUUUCAGUUUGAUAUCUGGGCAGAUGCUUUAACACCCCCAGUCCCGUUCCCUCCCCGCUAAUAUUUAAUCCUCCUCCCCGCCUCCCUUGCUCCCGACCCUCCCAUUUAAAGUGUUCUGGCUCAGAAACUAAUUCAUUUCAAGGCCCCCCAAAAGCCACCCCACAGACCCCCACUGCUGCUGGGGUCCCCUCUCCGGUACCAGCCCCGGACCCGGGCUGGGGCUCCCGGCCGGCCGCGGCCUUCCCGGCGAGGAGGAGCAGGAAAGUCUUCUUCCUCUCCAAGGUUUUCCCAGUGUUUUCCCACAGCUGACUUUUUUUUUUUGUCGAGGCGACUCCGUUGGAAUAUGACAGACGUGGUUUUCUCACCCUGAUUGCUCCUGGGUUUCGUUGAUUUUGCGUUGGGUUUUCUGCUUUGGUUCUUCCUUGGGUGUCCGAAGAAAGUCUGCAUCCUCACCCGCUCCACGAAUCUGUUUAGCACACGUGAGAUCCCAGGAAAAGACAUUGAGUCCUUGUGGUUUUGUGUGUAAAGGGGGAUUAGCAAAUCCUGGACUUUUUUUUUUCUCUAAAAAAAAAAAAAAGUGAAAUAAACUCUAGAGGCAGAGGAUUUGCUUUUGCACAGAAAAGGGGCGCGAGCGCUCUCUGCUGCCUACAGAGAUGCUGGAAAACUACUGAAAAGAGUUUGGGAACUUUUUUUCUUUUGGUGAAACUUGGAUAACACUUCUCAAUGCAGAACGAUUCACUUGACGUACGUACACUCACCUGCCUUUUAUAGGAGAUAUAUAUCCCACCGUAUAUAUCUUUAUAAAGGAAAGGGAAGAAGCAGAGCAAGUCACCCGAAGGCGCAUUUUGAAGUGACUGCACGUAUAAUCGCAAAUGCUGCUUUUUUAUUGCUAUGGCACAAGAACAUCCAUUUGGAAAAUGCGGAAAAGUUCAGAAGUCUCCUUUCUCCUGCUGGUCUUUCAGCCCUCUUCUCCUCGUCUGCACUAAAGCCAUCCGUAUCACUGCCAUCUCCCUGCUUUUUCCUCUCUUGCUCCCUGCAUCCAAACCAUUCUGAUUAAAAAAGAGAAAAGAAAAUAGUUACCUGCUGGUUUAUUGGGGUUGUGUCUUACCUAUUUAUCAUGUCUGUAUAUAUUUGUGGGUGAAGAUUGUGAGCCUGGUUUUGUUUGAAGCUGAUGGUGAGUGUUUCAAAAAUAUGGUUUGGGAUACAUGCUUUUUUGUUGUUGUUGUUCAUUUUUUCUUUUCCUAGUCUUAAAACUAAAAAAAACCCAACAACCUAGAGUCUGCCCUGAUUAUUUCCCAUUGCACUGAAUAUUCUGCUUUGUCUCUGAUAAUUUCCCCUGCAGUUUGCGUUUUGUUAGGUUUUUCAUUUGUUUUUGUUCUUUCUCCACUUCAACAAUUUGGGAUGAUUUUAAAAGCUCCAGAUUUAAAGAAGAAAAAAAGCCCUGUCAAAAGUGUCUACUGUUAUUGCUGUAAUUUGCAAGGAACUGCUUGGCCGAAGUCUUUCUGUGAGCAUGGAAGGGGGUGUCCAGCACUUCCACUGGUGCUUCUGUGCGAUAGUUACGGGGUGGAAACAGGACCUUUCCUAGUGAGGUUUUAUCGUUGUUACCAGAUGGUUGCACAUUUUUUUUUUUUACGUAAAUGGAUUUGCCACAAUGAAAUGUCAUAACAUUUAUGACAUGAUAUUAAAAAGUGUAUUGUAAAGCCAAGUUCUAGAUGGAUUUUUUAAAAGAAAUCUUGGUUAUAAACCCAGUCUAAAGGGAGCUCUGUCCAGUGUUGUAAAGACAACAUGAUGUAACCCAUAUUUAUAUUUUUAUAAAAUACCUAUUAAGACUGUGAAUCUCCUGUGUGAAUUGCUGGGUGAGUUGUUUAAGAAAAGUAUUGUUCCUUUUCAGCCUCCUGGAGCUUUAGACACGCUGAGAUUUUUGGGAAACUGUACGUCGGGGAAGGGGGUUUGCUUUGAAAUUGUGAGUUGAUGUAUUUUUACAUCCCUUUGUAUUUUACUGAAAAGCUGCUGCCCUUCCUAGUCCCUAGAGUUUCAAUUUUCUAUGCAACCCCCACACCCCCCGUCUCUCUUGAUCCUGAGAAGUAAAAGGGAUGCAGAUUGAUUCAAAUUGAAAUGAGGGUCCCCCCACCCCCCUUGUUGGCUCAUCGUGCUGCUGACCCUUCACGCCAAAACGGGGAGUACAAGGAAAAAGAAAGAGGCAGGUGGGGGAGGCUGUUUUGUGCAUGACUGGUUGCCUUCCAGCAGUCAUCUUUUUAAUUAUUAUUGUUAUUUUUGUAAGAAGAAUAUAUUGAUAAUGUCAGUGAAAUAAGCAGACAUUGAAGCUGAAUGCACAGAUUGCUCCAGAAAGGAGUUUUUCUGUAGAUUUUUCUUUAGAUGCAAAUACCUUUUUUAAUUAUGUUAAUUAAUGUUAAGAAUUUUUAGGCUUAUAUUGAAGCUGUAUGUGGGUCACUAUAUGAUCAUUUCUAACUGGAUAAAGUCUGUACAGUACAGCAUAUUCCUGAGUGUAUGAUAUAGAUGUGUAGCCCCAGAGUACAAAAUUUAUAAAUAAAUUUUUCAUUGAUCUUUUUAUAAAAAAAA